GGUGGUGAAAUUUCACCAAACAACCUGACAGCACAACCCGGGGAGAAUGAAGUGCCUGGUGAAGUGAUACCAGAGACGAGCAAUAAAUCUCUUUUAGAGGCAAGUCAUUCGAACGGAUCCGUAGACCCUGUUGAAACUCAACAUGUUACCUCCGGUCAUACUCCUCAUAAUUCUGCGAGCACUGCCCAGCUGCAAGAUCGCACAGAAUCCAUCGUCCCUCCCGACCAAACUAGUACGAUCCCCAGCACUCUUUCCGCAGAACCAUUUGACCAGUGUUCCACGAAUAAUUCUCAGACUAUGGUUUCUUCGCACGGUUCAGUAAGCAGUUCUAACGAAUUGAUAGAACCCACGCUUACUGACCCAAAAGACAAUGUAUCCUCUGCAACCGCCACCCCCUAUAAUGUUGCUGAGUGUGUGAACUCUCCAGCCGCAUCGCUUUCUUCAGUAGACCCAAAUCGCAAGGAAAACAACGAAAUCGAAAGGGCGGGUCCGCCGAUCGAAUAUACCUCUCCUCGAUCCGAAUUAUUGUGCACCGAAGACCCCUCCGUUUCUGUGGAAAAUACCAGUCCGUUAUCUUGUACGAGAGAAAUAAACCAAAAUAGUGCUUCAGUUGAAUCCGGACAUGAUCACGCUUGUCGUCCUGAAUCUGCAUCGGAAAUCGAUGGAACCACUAAAGACUUGAUCGUUCAUGCUCUAGAGACGACUGUAUCCAGCUUCCCUUCAAUAGCCAGUGGCAUAACUAAUUCUGUUUCUUCCACCACCAUUUUAACCGCGAAUCCGACAUGCUCAUCUCGAAUUUCGGAUCAUGAGCCCUCUCAUAUUGCUGCCGACCAACCACAAUACACACCAGAUGUUUCCAAUGGUGACGAUAAUGUGCAUUCUAACCACUGGAAACCAUUAACAACAUCCUCGUUGGAUUCCUCACAACCGCAUCAGUCAACUCGAAUCGGGCAAAUGCUGGAACGUGUCACCGCGGAGCUCAACGAAUUAGCUCCAUGGUUGGAUAAAUGUGGUAAUUUGUAUUGUCUCGCUCCGGGUCCGAUCACUGCUGCAGUUUUGGGACAGACUUCGGCCAGAAGUACCACUCCAACACUAUCCACGAUCGAUUUAACGUCUGACGAUUUCUGA